UAUAUUAUUUAAUAUAUCUCUAUCGAAUGAGAAUCGUUUCUCAUGACUGCCAGUAAAAUAGCGAAUGGCUGUAGAUCUUCACACUCUUAUGCACAAUACGUAACGUUAAAACAAGAAAUGUAUUUUUUUGUUCUUGCCUUGGUCAUGUUGGAGAAGGUGUAGUUUUUAGCUUUGUUGUUGAUAAAACCUCACCCCCUUUGAUCUCUAUCCGAUUCGUUUCACGUAUUGUGCAUAGAACCCAUUCUGGAAAACCCUUGUCUAUAUACAUGAUAUAGAGAGGGAAUCUUUCGCUAUGGGCUUUAAAUGCCAGCUGAUAGAAAAAAAAUCAUUCACCUGUGGAAGGGAAGAGAACUUGUUCAGAUUUCAAACAGUGAUAAGUGGGUCACUAUUAUAUUAGACAAACUCAUUUAUUUGUAUUUCAAAUUUUUAAGUUCAUGGAUUAAUGUCACUCACUUCAUGUAAAUGGCCCGCACGAAGACAACAGUGGCUCGAUCAAGACAGCAGGGCCAUUCCAGAAGCACACCCACCAAAAAUACCCGGUCACAAAAGAGAAAAGAUCGGGACCCAUCUCCUGAUACCCCCAAGAGGAAGAAACUCAAUCAGGAGGAGCCCAUCGAGGUCAGUGAUUCUGAUGAGUCCGACGACUUCAUCCCGGACCAGAAUUUCCACCAUGGCACUACAUGGCCACUCGAUGCCUCUUUAGAAGUUCAGGUGACGUAUGAAGGUGUUAAGGAAGUUCGCUCCAUCAAACAACAGUUCUUUCCCUUGCUUUUUCACCUGACGCGUGGAGAACCAGAGAAUAUUGCCAAAGCUAUAGCUGCCAUUAAACCAGUGUACAAAAUUCUCUCUGACAGAUUCGAAAAGGAAUCCAAGCCUUUGGAUAACAGAUCAACAAAUAUACAGGCUCUGAAAUCUAAAGCAGAGAGCAGUAAGCCUGUGGUGUCGAGCAGUAAAUCUGCUGAGUCGAGCAGUAAACCUGCGGUGUCACGGGCAGAAAUUUUGAAAAAGCUUCCGCACCAUCACUUCAGGGACGCAGAGGGAAAAUGGCUGCCGAAAAAACAGUGGAAAAUCGCGGAGAUUCUGAAGGACAACACCAAGGUUCAGUCCAUUCUCUCUGGUGAAGCGUCCCAGGUCUCAGGGACCGAUAAAAUUACAGAACUAGGUUAUGCCAAGUCUGCUAUUAGGAACAUUCUCUCUCGAGUUUCCUUAAAGCGACCAUUAUAUGUCAACUUGUUUAUGUGGAUGAAAAAAUUGGACAUGAAUUCCUUUGAAAAUCCCCAGUUACCACGUAAACGAGAAAAACAAAAGGCCAAGAAGAAAACAGAGAAAAAAGUUGAGAAAAAGAAAGAAGUAAAGAAAAAUUCGAGCAAUGCUUCCAAGAUGAUUCUGUAUGGGUUGGAGGAAAGUGCCAUUAUUCCCGACAAGCGUUUGAGGAGCAAACCCAAAUUCAUGCCGUUUAUUCGACCAAAUCAGAAAACUUCUAAGACUGAUGGGAAAACACAAAGUUUGCUGAAGAAAAGAACAACUUCCUACACUCCAUAUUCGGCGGCCAUGAAAAAUUACGUCCAAAAAUCUGGAAAUUACGCACAAAAAUCUAGGUUUUCUGGGAGUUUUAAAGAGCAGUCUGGGUCUUCAAGAGGUUUUAGUGUCUUGUUCAAAGGGAGGACUUUUUCUUCAGGAAAAAAAAUCUUAUUCAACAGAAAUCAAAGCUUCCAGAGUGGUAGUGAUAGUGAAUCGGAGAGUGAUUCUUCCUCGACCUCUUCUAGCCUUGCACAGGAUGGUGGGAUGAUAGCCUCAAGGUCCUUGGAACCUCAACAAACUGGUCCAAAAACAAAAGUGUGUUCAAGUGCAGGGAGAAAUGCCAAAAGAAAAUCUCCAAGAACGAUCUCACAAUCAAACUCAACUUGUAAAAGUGAGAAAUAUAUAUUGUAUUCUGACGUGAACUCUUCAGAGGAUGAUGCAGAAGAUAAUCCUCCUGUUGUGAAAUCCCCUACCGUCCGAUUGCCAAGAAUUGACAUUCAAAGACUAUCUGACAGUGUUGUAAAGUCCUUGUCUUCACCAAAAAAAGAAAAGCAACAUGAAAUGCAUAAAGUUUGUGGAUCCAUGGAUUUAUCCUCUAAAAAUCUGGAAAAUGUGGAGUCUGCAUCCAGUUCCCAAUCUCCACAAGAUGAUAUGUUAGGAAUACAGAUCACAGAUGUUAAAUCUCUAACAGACCAAGAGGAACGGCUUCUUGAUCAGAAGGAAAUGGAGACAGAUGACAAAAUACAGAAUCUGAAUGAAGGACAGGGAAACUCUGAGAAGAAAAGUGAUGAGGCUGAAACUGGAAAUGUGAGAAAAGGUGCAAGUGAAGUAAACAAUACCACAGCGAGUAAGAAAGUGGUACAUGUAGUUCUUGAGGAGGAAGAACUACUAUUGCCAGAUAUUGAGGUGAAUGAGAGGGAGAUAGAUGGAAUGGAAAAUUCUCUGAAAGAGGCUGGAAUGGACAAAAGUUCGGGAGUUGUCGAACCAAGCAGGAACAAAGGGGAUAGCAGUCAGGAUUCACCCUCGGUUGUCCAGUGGAAAAAUGCUGAGAGUGGGAGCCGUUCUGCUAGACAGACGCAGGGCAAGGGAGUUAGGGGGCAAGAAAAAGGGCCAUCCCCAGAUUCCACAGAUGUACAAAAUGUGAAGUAUAAUGAUAUUGCUACUGGCUCCACUCAGAGUGACAAACCAACAGGGGCCACAUCCAGUUCUUCCUCCACAACUACAAACACUCAGGAGACUUUAAGGUCAUUGAUUAACCAGUUAACUAGCCUCACCAGUGAUUCCCUGGACUGUAAAAUCAUUUUCUCCAAUUCUAAUCAAGUUCUAACAAUAGGGGAAGGAAGGAAGGGUUCUGUUAGAGAAAGAAAUAUGGACAUCAAGCCAAAUGUUGAUCAAUUAAAUCUGCGAGUAAAUCCUCAAAUACCCGACAGUAACAAUGGAACAAGCAGUGGUAGUUCGAAGCAGGGGAACCACUCAGGGGCAGGAAAUCUACGUCUUGAUUUGGAUGUUAGGGGAGAGAACCCCACUGUUCCAAAUGUUCAGGUGAAAGAGGAAAGACAGUGGGCGGGGCUUGGUAAUCAGACUGAGACCGACGCCAUUAUCAUCAUCGACAGUGACGACGAGUGAUAUAGUGUACAGGUGAUUAUUAAGAAAGUGAUUUUGUUUGCUUGAAAUGACAUGCAAUUUUUUAUGAAAGUUUUGUGCUAGUAGAGAUAGACAAAUUUUUUUUUCUGAAUUGAUUACCAGUAUAGGCAUUCUAUCCAGAGGAUGGGAAAGAUAUAAUUAAGAUAUUUUAUUUCAUUUCAUACUUGAUUAUCGCUCAGAAUAAAGUUUUUUGAAUUUUGAAUUUAAAAAUUUUAGUUGAAUUUUCAUUUGUUAUGCUUUAAUUUUAUAAAAUGUUGCAUCAUAAAAAAUAGUUUUCUUUGUGAGUUUCAAGAAUUUUAAAAUAGUAAGUUUUAUUUACGAUUCAAAUUCAUUAAUUUUUUUAAUCAGCUUGAUUUUUCUGUAUUUUUUCACCUCACUUACUUCGAUAACUGUGGGCAGAAAUUGUGUUAAAAUUUUCAAUUUUUUUUUUGUUGGAGGGGGGCGGCAAAAGGUUUUAAUUCUGCCUUAAGUUUUUAAUAUAUAUUUAUAUAUUCCCACUCAAUUUAAUUUUAAUGAGAAUAUUUUUUUUCAAAUAGAUAUUUUGUAGGAUUUGAUAAACAUGAAUCAAUAUUCAUGUUGUAAUUUAACUGUGAUGAUGAAUUUGGGGUGAUACAUGUAGGAAACAUGUUUUGUAAAUGAAGAAACAAUGCCACUUAAUCUGUGUUCAGUUUCCCAUGCCAAUGUACCGGUAAUAAAGUUGUGUGUAUACAUGUACAUUGUAAACAUGUAUGUAAAUUCAUUGUAAGUUACACAUGUUUUAUUGCCAAUUUAUUAUGUCCAUUUUUUUUACAUUUAUCAUCAUGAUCGAGACAGAAAUAUUUUAUUUGUGAAGAAAAAAAUCAUUUUCAGUAAUUACUUGUUUUGCUUGUUUUACAGAUUUUCUUGUUCAAUUAAUUGUUCAAUUUUUUCAUUUAACAUUUCCGGGUAUUUGGUCUGUCUCAUCUAACCAGUGAAGUUAUAGAUGAAUUGUAUACAAGACAUGAAGUCUUCUAGAAUGAUAAUUUAUGUCAAUAUGAUUAAAUUACAUGUAUAAUAUGAACAUAUCUAGUAGGGAACAGAUUUUGUACAUUUAAAAAUUAAGUUGUAUUGGAGCGUCUGAAAAAGGUUUACAUCAAAUAUCGAUCAGAACUAAAGAAAAUAUCAUUAACUUUUAGUAUGCAUGAAAAGAUAUAUAUCGGUUCUCAUAAUAUUGUACGAUGAACUAACUGGUAGCUAUAUGUAUUUCCUGGUCCUUAUAUGCCUGUAAAAUGUAUGUGCAUGCAUUUUUAAAAUUCUUUUCUAUUUUGUUUAUUUUACUAGAUAUAGAAAAAUAUUUCCUGUAUUGUAAAAGAUAUCUUUGUAACAUUCAUGAAGUUUUGAUUUUUGAUUUUUAUUGAUUUUAAACGAUUUUUCCCCAAUCGUAUUGAAAUUUCUUUUGAAAUCCACAGAGGGGGAUAAUUAUAUUAUUAUAUAUCAUAAUAGUUAUUACAGCCAUGAUAAAAAGUGAGUUUGUACAUUAAGUGAUAGUGUAUUGUAUAUACCGUACUUAUUUCUUACUGGGGCAUUUUAUGAGUAUGCAUGGAUAUACAUGAACUGUAAUGCAUGUUUCAUUUAUAUUGUAUAAAAAAGGAGCAUUUGGUUUCAUUGCGUUCUUUUAAAAUGUACAUGAGGUUUUAAAAAUGCAUGACAAGAAAGAUGUAUCACCAAUAAUGCUGAUAAUGGUUUUAUUCUACAGUUGGUACUACCUAAAGAAUUAUUUUAAUUAAAUUUUCUUGUUGAAAAUAAUUAAGACAGCUACCUACAUAAGAAUUUUUAUUUGGUGCCCAAUAACAUUUAUUUAAUAUUUUUUCAUGCCUAGUUACAAAUAACAUGUACACAUUGUCAAGUUUUGUUGUUUGAGUUUUUGGUUUAGUUUGGGUUGAAUGCCCAUGAUAUAACAUAUAUCUUAAAUGAUUCCAUAGCUUCAUAGCUGUAGUUCCACAGGAAAUUUGGGUCAAUAAAUGAUGGUCCCUCAACCUGAAUUUCCCGUGGAGAUGCAGAUUUUCAUUCCAUUGUUUUUCUCUGCAUUAUUUGUUAUCCAUUACUUUAUUUUGUUAUUGAUAAAAUUCUAAAUAAAAUUACAUUUAUUGGUAUUUUGAGUAGUUGAUAUUUUAUUAUGUUAAGCAAUAUACAUACUGUGGAACCGUUAGAGAUCGUGGUCUAAAUUUUCGUGGAAUUUGUGGGUAUUUCUUAUCCACGAAUUAAAAUCAUCCACGAAUUAAUAAAUUAGUGUUAUAAACUUAUAAUUCUUUUGUAGGUAUAAAAUAAUACACAAAAUUACGUCCCCAUGAACAUGUAAAAUUCAAGCAAUCCACGAAAAUUUGCUCCCAUGAAUUUUAAUGAU